ACGCUUUAACAUACACCGCUCCUCCACAGAUCCGCCGUUCAGUGUGUUUACAGGAGGAUGAAUGAAGAGGCUGGUGGUGCAGCAGCGUGCGGACGCGCAGCGUGUUACCGGCUGUGCUCGUGUCGCUAGUAUUAUUAUUAUUAUUAUUAACAGUGUGUUACUGGUUUGACUGGCAGACGACACACUGGAAAAGCACCGAGGCAAGACAAAAACCCGACUUUCCAGCAUCCCAGCGCUCUCCACCUACAUGAUCUGAAGGGGGGGCUAAAUAAGUUAAACAGGACGGUAUAAAGAGCCCGAAGGCCUGACUGCGAACGGCUAAUUCAGUGUCUGAAAAUUUGAACACGGUCUCCCUGGUCUACUUAAUAAUCAGAAGAUGCUGCUUAAACAAACCUAAACAUAGCUGAGUUAACACAGGGUGGGACCACAUAAUCUGCUCUCUGAAGGAUAGAAGUUGAUGCAUACUAACUGUAUGAGGGCCCUCAGCUUCUCCCACAGCUGUGUGCUGUGCUUGUGAAUCUUUUUGAGCUGGGAAGUGAAGAGCCAUGGGCUGUGGGGGCAGCAGAACUGACGCUUUGGAGCCUCGCUACCUGGAGAGCUGGACAAAAGAGACGGAGUCGACAUGGCUGACGAGCACAGACACAGAUAUCCCCUUGUCAUCCAUCCAGAGCAUCCCCUCUGAGAACUCAGAGGCUGGCUUCACUUCUGAGAAAACAAUCAGCCCUGUUCCAGAUUUCUUUGAAGACGGCCUCCCGCCACCGGCUCAGGCCUACCUAAAGGUCUGCUCGGCCAUGUCUGAAGCCAGCCUGAACGAUGUGAAACCCAGCAGCACACCAGCAGCACUGGGCUCUCCGCGGCAGGACACAACGAUGCCUUCUUCUGGAACCACAGUGCAGCGCAGAAGUGUUUUGCACACUGAAGAGAUCACAAAAUGGCAGGACAAUCGGAUGUCGACCAAGCAGGUGACCAUUACAGUCACCCAGAGCAUCCACCAGGUGGACAAGAACGGGAAGGUGAAGAAGUCCCUCACGACAUAUGAGGUCAUGAAACCAGUGGAAGCUAUUAAACAGGUGGCAACACAAAACACCUGA